GAACGGGUUCCCUUCGCACCGCAUGGAGAAUUUUUUUGGCGUUUGUCGAUUAGAAGAAACGUGCGACUCACUCCGAAUCUCCACCAUUGAUCCGUGGCUUUCGCCAAAGGCCAUUCCUCCUCCUCUUCCCUUUGCGUGGUCUCUGAUGUUUGCUCAAACCCAUUCUCUCUCUCUCUCUCUCUCUCUCUGUGGCGAUGGUUUGGUCGCCUUCCGCCAGCGAAUUCCUCGACCCGAGCUGGGGAUGAGUUCUCUGCAGAUUUGUAGCACCUCGUCAUGCCUGAUUGAAAGCUUUGAUUCUGAAAGCGGUCGGUUGGUCGGUCUUGGGAUCCGGGGCUGCGGUUUCAGGUUAAGCUAGGAGUGCAUCUGAGGGCAGGAUCACAUACUUGCAAUGCUCUAUAGACAAGUUCGAGCAUGCACCGUGCAGCUCCAGGCACAGCCCAAUCAGAGCGAACCGCAUCUGCAGUCUGCAUAAAGUGACUGAGCUGUCAGGUUCAGUAAGCUGAGCAGUCGCACCCAACAUUAGAGCAUUGGCUAAUUUGGGAGGAACGAACUGGAUCUCUUUUAAUAGGAAAAGGGAUCACAAGAGUUUUAAGGUAUUUGUGCGCUUGACCAACCUUCUAGGCACCAUGGUGUUUGAUAUUUGCGGAGCAUAAAUAGCUCAUUACCAUGCUCACUUGGUCUGGUUAUAGCAAAUUUAUGAUUUGGGGAAGAUAUAGUACUGCAGGAUGUGUUAUACAUGUGCUCUUAUCGGAAGAUCAAUCCAUCUUGGCAGGUUGUAAAUUGGCAAACAA